AUGCAUCUGGUGCCCAAAGAGCUCGACAAGCUCGUCAUCUCACAGGUGGGAUUCCUGGCGCAGAAGCGACUCGCCCGCGGCGUCAGGCUGAACCACAGCGAAGCAACGGCCCUCAUCGCAAACAACCUCCAGGAGCUCAUCCGCGAUGGCAACCACACCGUCGCAGACCUCAUGGACCUCGGCUCGACCAUGCUCGGCCGCCGCCACGUCCAGCCCUCGGUCUGCGCGACCCUGACCGAGAUCCAGGUCGAGGGCACCUUUCCCACCGGCACCUACCUCGUCACCGUCCACAACCCCAUCCGCACCGACGACGGCGACCUGGCCCGCGCCCUCUACGGCAGCUUCCUGCCCGUCCCGGACGCCGACCUGUUCCCCCUCGCGGCGCCCGAGGAGUACGAGGCUACGGCGCAGCCGGGCGUCGUGGUGGCCGCCAAGGGCAAGAUUGCGCUCAACCAGAGCCGCAAGAGAAUCCGGCUCAGGGUGACGAGCAAGGGGGACCGGCCCAUCCAGGUUGGCUCCCAUUACCACUUCAUUGAGACCAAUCCGCAGCUGGACUUUGAUCGCGAGCGGGCGUACGGCUUCAGGCUGGACAUCCCCGCCGGCACCUCGGUUCGCUUCGAGCCCGGCGACACCAAGACGGUGACGCUCGUCGAGAUUGGGGGCAACAGGGUCAUCCGCGGAGGCAACCACAUGGCGACCGGUGGCCUGGAACUGUGGCGAGUCAAGGACAUUGUUGAGAAGCUGCAGCAGGCUGGCUUUUCGCACACGCCCGAGCCCCAGGCCGACGCCGCUCUCAUCGACGCCUUCCAGAUUGACCGCGCCGCCUAUGCCACAAUGUUUGGCCCCACGACGGGCGACCUGGUCCGGCUGGGAAACACCAGCCUCUGGGUCAAGGUCGAGAAGGACUACACCGUCUACGGAGACGAGUGCAAGUUUGGCGGCGGCAAGACGCUGCGCGAGGGCAUGGGACAAGCGACCGGACGCCUGGACGCGGAUUCCCUGGACAUGGUGGUGACCAAUGCCCUCGUCAUUGACUGGACGGGCAUCUACAAGGCCGACAUUGGCGUCAAGGACGGCCACAUUGUGGGAAUCGGCAAGGCGGGCAACCCCGAUGUCAUGGACGGCGUGUCCCCGGGAAUGGUCGUCGGCAGCUGCACCGAUGUCAUUGCGGGCGAGGGCAAGAUUGUCACGGCCGGCGGCAUCGACACGCACAUUCACUUUAUAUGCCCGCAGCAGGCGAAUGAGUCUCUUGCGUCGGGAAUCACCACGCUGCUCGGAGGCGGCGUGGGACCCAGUGCUGGCACCAACGCAACAACGUGCACCCCCGGUAAGAAUUACAUGCGCCAGAUGCUCCAAGCCUGUGACGAGCUACCUGUCAAUGUUGGCAUCACCGGCAAGGGCAACGACAGCUCUCCCGUCGCCCUUCGCGAACAAGUUGCCGCGGGAGCUUGUGGUCUCAAGCUGCACGAGGACUGGGGCAGCACUCCCGCAGCCAUCGAUUCAUGUCUGCAGGUCUGCGAUGAGCUAGACGUCCAAUGCCUGAUCCAUACCGAUACGCUGAACGAGUCUGGCUUUGUCGAGUCCACCAUUGAAUCCUUCAAGGGCCGGACAAUCCACACAUACCACACCGAAGGCGCGGGCGGUGGCCACGCCCCGGACAUCAUCUCUGUCGUCGAGCACCCGUACGUGCUCCCGUCGUCGACCAACCCCACCCGGCCCUUCACCAACAACACGCUCGACGAGCACCUGGACAUGCUCAUGGUGUGCCACCACCUGUCCCGGGACAUCCCCGAGGACGUGGCCUUUGCCGAGAGCCGCAUCCGCGACAAGACCAUCGCGGCCGAGGACGUACUGCACGACCUGGGCGCCAUCAGCAUGAUGAGCUCCGACUCGCAGGCCAUGGGCCGCUGCGGCGAGGUCAUCCUGCGGACCUGGAACACGGCCGACAAGAACAAGGCGCAGAGGGGCACCCUGGACGAGGACGCCGGCACGGGCGCCGACAACUUCAGGGUCAAGCGCUACAUCAGCAAGUACACCAUCAACCCGGCGCUGGCGCAGGGCUUCGCGCACCUCGUCGGCAGCGUCGAGGUCGGCAAGCUGGCGGACCUGGUGGUGUGGGAUCCGGCGUGGUUCGGCACCAAGCCUUCGCUCGUCAUCAAGAGCGGCCUCAUUGCCCUGGCUCAGAUGGGCGAUCCCAACGCCUCCAUCCCCACCGUCCAGCCCAUCAUCGCCCGCCCCAUGUUCGCCCCCCUCGUCCCGCAGACCAGCGUCCUCUUCGUCUCGGGCGCGUCCGUCGCCUCGGGCGCCGUCCAGUCCUACGGCCUGCGCAAGCGCGUCGAGGCCGUCAAGGGCUGCCGCUCCGUCAGCAAGCGCGACAUGCGCUUCAACGACGCCAUGCCCAGGAUGAAGGUCGACCCGGAGAGCUACGUCGUCGAGGCGGACGGGAAGGUGUGCGCUGCCGAGCCGGCGACGAGGUUGCCGCUUACGCAGGCUUGGUAUAUGUAUUGA